CCAAGACCCUCCCUCGUAUGCUUUUUUCGUUGAUUGCAAAAACAGUGAUGGAGCUAGAUUCAUCUAUGCAUCUUUGGACAUGACCAUAUCUGACAUACUCACCCCUGUUGACGUCACAAAGCAGUCAACCAUGAUGGCCACACCAUGCCCUUAUUGCCCAUCCAAGUCACUGAACUAGUGGAUGCUGUUUUCAUUGGUUGUUCCAUGAACCACACUCUUGGUGAUGGCACUUCCUACUGGAAUUUCUUCAACACAUGGUCUCAGAUCUUUCAAUCUCAAGCUCAAGGCCAUGAAUACAAUGUUCCCAUUCUCAACCGUUGGUUUCCCAGUGAUUGUGAUCCGUCUGUUAAUCUUCCUUUCAAACAUCAUGACGAGUUCAUUUGCAACUAUGAAGCACCUUUUCUGAGGGAGAGAGUCUUCCACUUUUCUGCAGAGUCCAUAGCAAAACUGAAAGCAAAAGCCAACUCAGAGUCCAAUACCACAAAAAUCUCUUCAUUCCAGUCAUUAUCAGCACUUGUCUGGAGAUCCAUAACUCUCGCGCGCUCCGUGCCGUACGAGCAAAAAACAAGUUGCAAGAUGGCUAUAAACAAUAGAUCAAGAAUGGAACCGCCUAUGCCAGAAGAAUACUUUGGAAACUUAGUUCAAGUAGUGAGUGCAGAAACGACAACAAGGGAAUUGCUUGAGAAUGAUCUAGGAUGGGCUGCAUGGUUGUUACACGUGGCUGUCACAAACCAUAAUGACAAAGUGGUGCUGCAAUCGCUCCAAGGAUGGUCACAGUCUCCUUUUAUCCCUCAAAUUGGUCGAUUGUUUGAUCCGUACAGUGUGUUGAUGGGAAGCUCGCCCAGGUUCAACAAGUAUGGUUGUGAAUUUGGAAUGGGGAAAGCGGUGGCGAUUAGAAGUGGGUAUGCUAACAAGUUUGAUGGGAAAGUGACAUCAUACCCAGGUCGUGAAGGAGGUGGAAGCAUCGAUUUGGAAGUGUGCCUUUUGCCACAUAUAAUGAGAGCUCUGGAAUCAGACAAGGAGUUUAUGAAUGCAGUUUCGGUGUCCAAUCCCCUGUUCUAGCUUGCUGAUAUGCCCAAUAUUUGACCGUUGAACAUGUCAAAUACCAUAUUUUGUGUAGUAUACAAUGUGUUGUUGGUUGAACUAGUAAUGAAAUAAAGUAGAGAAAUAAGUGGAAAGUGGGGGAAAAUAGAAAUGAAACAGAAAAGGAAUAGAAAAAUAGUA